CUGAAAACGGGUUGAGAAAAAAGACGAGUGUUGAGAUUGUUAAGUCGGUGUAAGUGAGCAGUCAAAACAAACUAACGGCUGGGUUUUAAAUCAGACUGAACUGUACUGAAGCGUCUUUAAGCCAGAUGUUACCGAAAUGACUGUAAAGCUGAUGAUAAUGUUGGCCGUCACUCUGCUGUCUUAUCGGAGCGAGUGCCAUCAGGCCGUCCUGCAUGUCUCUGAUUGGAGCACGUAUAGGGAGUACUGUCUGGUUUACAACGCAUCAUUGUCCAACAUCUCCAGGUCUCUUAGUGAUGCUGUGCGCUAUAAGCUGGUAAACCUGACCUCGACCAUGCUGUGUGAUGCAAGUGGAGUCAAGCCAGACUCAGUGAAGGGCGCAGCGGUGUGUGUGAUGAACGGAGACUGUAACUUCAACCAGAAAGCUCAGGUGGCUCAGCAGCUCGGAGUCAAAGUGCUCCUCAUCGCCAGCAAAGACGCCAUGGGAACUCCGUCAGUCAAUAACAGCGAGUUUGAGAAAGUGACCAUUCCUCUGGCGGUUAUGAGAUACCGCGACAUCCUGGAUGUGCAGAAGGUGUUUACAGAUGGGAUGGAGGUGCAGCUCUAUGCUCCGCCCACUCCUGAAUUUGACGCCAGCGUCAUUAUCAUGCUUGUGAUCGCCGUCUUCACUGUGGCUAUGGGUGGCUUCUGGAGCGGGGCUGCUGAGAAGGCAAAGCAGAGUGUGACGGCGCUCUCUGCAGGAGAGGAACGGUCAGACAGCGGGGAUCUUACACUCUACUCCCCGCUGAAGGUGAUGCUGUUCGUCGCGCUCAUGUGUGUGAUGCUCGUCCUCAUGUAUUUUUUCUACAAGUACCUCGUCUACGUGAUCAUCGUGAUCUUUUGCCUGGCGUCAGCUACAGGACUGUACAGCUGCCUCGAGGCACUACUGAAUGCAGUGGGGUGCAGUAAAAUCAGUGUGUCCUGUAGGGAGAAGAGCUGCUCUGUGAGGAACCUGCUGCUUGUUGCUGUGUGCAUCACUCUGGCUGUGGUUUGGGGUGUGUACCGAAAUGAGGACAGGUGGAUCUGGAUUCUGCAGGAUAUUCUUGGAGUUGCUUUCUGUCUAAACUUCAUGAAGACCAUCACACUGUCUAAUUACAAGAUCUGUGUGAUCUUGCUCAGCCUGCUGCUGGUUUAUGACGUCUUCUUUGUCUUCAUCACUCCGUUCCUCACACCUAAUGGAGAGAGCAUCAUGGUGCAAGUUGCUCUCGGCCCAGGUGCUGGAGGAGAAAAGGGCAGUGGGGAUGUGGUGGUUCCAGCAGAUCCCACACCCUCAUAUGAAAAAUUGCCUGUGGUGAUGCGUAUUCCACGGUUCUCUGCGUGGGCUGAAAACUUGUGUGAGAUGCAGUUCUCCAUCCUUGGUUACGGUGACAUCAUCAUUCCAGGCCUGUUGGUGGCGUACUGUCACCGGUUUGAUGUGUGGAUCGGCAGCUCAAACAGAAUCUACUUCAUCUCCUGUGCUGUCGCGUACACUCUGGGUCUGGUGUUGACCUUCGUGGUCAUGUUGCUAUCUAAGAUGGGUCAGCCAGCUCUACUGUACUUGGUCCCGUUCACUCUGCUCACCAGCGGCCUGCUCGCCUGGAAACGCAAAGAGUUCAAACAGUUCUGGGCGGGAACGACCUACCAGGUGUUGGACUCAUCCAGGGAACCUUUAAUUCCAGAUGGAGACUCUGAAUAUCCCAGAGCAGUGAGGAAGUGCUGAUCAGCUGGAUUUUAUGCGAGUGUGAGUGUGUGUGCGCGAGUGUGUGCGCGAGUGUGUGCGCGAGUGUGUGCGCGAGUGUGUGCGCGAGUGUGUGCGCGAGUGUGUGCGCGAGUGUGUGCGCGAGUGUGUGCGCGAGUGUGUGCGCGAGUGUGUGUGCGAGUGUGUGUGUGCGAGUGUGUGUGUGCGAGUGUGUGUGUGCGAGUGCGUGUGUGCGAGUGCGUGUGUGCGAGUGCGUGUGUGCGAGUGCGUGUGUGCGAGUGCGUGUGUGCGAGUGCGUGUGUGCGAGUGCGUGUGUGCGAGUGCGUGUGUGCGAGUGCGUGUGUGCGUGCGAGUGCGUGCGUGCGAGUGCGAGUGAGUGCGUGCGUGCGAGUGCGUGCGUGCGCAGGUGUACUGAGCACUUUAAGCCCUGUGAUUGGCUGUAUCAGGACCAAUACAGCCUUAUCACUCUAUCUUUAAUAAACAACAUUAAUAUCUAUUUGAAAAAUGGCCUUAAUCAGUGCCUCAGGCUCCGCCCACAACACACAUUAACAUGUGAUCACAGUUAUACAGACGGUAUAAAAACAAGGUGGAGACGAGACACAAACAUCCGGAACAACAAAAUUUCCCUCGUGAAAUUAGUAAGAAAACGCUGGUGUUGAAAUGGAGUGUAUUCGAACACGGCGUAAGUGUGACAUCACAAGCAGGUCAUUAAUCCGAGUCCCCGCUCCACCUGUCCUGCAGGUACACAAGCGGAAUCUCCACCAUCACGUGUUGACGUGGCGUGUAAGACGGAGCCUGAGUGAUUUUUUUUAAUAAUGAUUUCUGUAUCUAAUCAGGUCUUUAAUCUGUUCUUUUCAUACCUUAAAUUAAAGAUGAACAAAUGUUUGACGCCAGUAAUAA